AUGAAAAUCUUCAUCAAUUUGACUGAAUUUAACCAGUCUGAUCAUUGUGCAUAUUUCUCCUGUCCAGAAAGAUCUGUAUCUCCUCCAGUUUAUAUUUUACUGUAUGUGUGUUCAGCUGUUGUGGUUCUGCUCAACUUGUGUGGAAACAUGCUUGUCAUCAUCUCAGUUCUUCAUUUUAAACAGCUUCACACACCAACAAACACACUUGUGCUCUCUCUGGCUGUGUCCGAUUUCCUCAUGGGUGCUUUUGUGAUGCUACCAGUGUGUAUAUGGAUGAUUGAGGCGUGCUGGAUUUUUAAAACAGGCUUCUGUAUCUGUUUAAUGAUGACUUCUUUUUUUCUUGGAAAUGUCUCUGUCUAUAAUAUUGCUUUAAUUGCUGUGGAUCGGUAUUUGUCUCUCUCAAACCCAUUUUUCUACACAAACACAAUCUCUAGAAAGACAGUGUGCAUUGUGGUUUAUUUUAACUGGUGUUUGUGUCUGGUGUAUGUCAUAGUACUUCUGUAUUUUAAUGGAAACUUUAUGGGUUUAUUAAUGUGUCCUGGACAAUGUUUUCUCCUUCUUAAUGAGGUUUGGGGUGCAAUUGAUCUUGUACAUUCAUUCAUAUUUCCACUUUCUCUUAUUAUAAUAUUUUACACUCUGGUCUUUGUGAUUGCUAGGAAACAUGCCACUGCUAUUAGAGAGCUUAAUAAUCACACACGAUCUAAAACACAGAAAAUCACCUCACACUCAAUGAAAUCUGAAACGAAAGCAGCUAAAGUCCUCGGCAUUUUAGUGGCUGUGUUUCUGGUGUGUUUACUUCCAUAUUUUAUUUACAGUUUAUUAGGUAAUGUUAUUGAGCUAAAGCCAGAAACAUUGCAGAAACUUGUGAUCUUAGUUUAUAUUAAUUCCACAAUUAAUCCAUUUAUUUAUGCUUUGUUUUACCCAUGGUUUAGGAGGUGCAUUAAAUUAGUUAUAACUCUGCAAAUAUUCCAAGCAGACUCUGCAUUAAUCAAUGUUCUUUGA